AUGUACCGUGCCGAAAUCGCGGUUAAAGCCAACAGCCAACCUGGCGAGCGGCACAGACCCUCUCCGAGCAUCUCGUUUCCGGAGGGCCAUGACCAUCUUUCAGCUCCGUCAGGUUCGCAGCUUUUUGAUCACGCUGCAGGCGGGCGGGACUGUAUCCAGCGGGCGGCAAAGACGUGCAUCCCCUUUGUUCAAAGCCGCGACCGUAACCUACGUAAGCACAUCAUGCACGGCGCAGCCCGCCGUGAAACGUGCUCGAGUCUGCUGAAACCAUCGACAAGCCGGCAUACUGAUGAGUCCCCGCCGUCUUCCGUCGUACAGCUGAAACGCGUCGAAAACUGA